ACGUCUCUGUCCGCAGCCGCAAUUUGAUGCGCCGAGCGGCAGAACGCGGAAGCGCCGUCAUGGAGAAGAACGUGAAUCUGCAGUGAAUCCUCAUUUUCCAGAGAUUAAACGAAUAAGAAAAAAGCGCCGUUUCAGCUGACGCGAGAGCCCGAACCGGAACCAUGAGGACGAACGAGAACACGCUACUGGAGGGACACAACGUCGUGCUGGUUCCGUACAACGCGAGCCACGUUCCCAGGUAUCACGAGUGGAUGAAGUCUCCUGAGCUGCAGCAGCUGACGGCGUCGGAGCCGCUGACCCUGGAGCAGGAGUACGACAUGCAGAAGAGCUGGAGGGAAGACGAUGACAAGUGCACCUUCAUCAUCCUGGACAAGCAGCAGUGGGCGGAUCCCAGUUCCAGGGAGGAGCAGUGCAUGGUGGGAGAUGUCAACAUCUUCCUGACCGACCCCUCCGACCCCUCUCUGGCUGAGCUGGAGAUCAUGAUAGCAGAGCCCAGCUACCGGGGGAAAGGCAUCGGCAAGGAGGUGACCAACAUGAUGAUGAGCUACGGAGUGAACAAACUUAGGGUCAAAAAGUUUGAGGCCAAAAUCGGGCUGAACAACGAGGUCAGCAUCGCCAUGUUCAAGAAGAUGCACUUCCAGGAGGUGUCGGUGUGUCCGGUGUUCAGGGAGGUCACCCUGCUGCUGACGGUGGAUGACUCGGUCCGGACGAGGCUGCAGGACGACACGGCGCACGUGAAGGAGCGAGACUACAGACUGACCUGCAGCAACAGACACGAGCUGCUGUCCCAGUGAGGAGGGCGGAGCCACAGACUGAGGGGCGUCGGCCUCGGGGGGGCGGGGCUGAACAUGCAGCACAGACGUCUGGAGGCGGCAGGUUCACUUCAGCGGGUUGAUCCUCAGGAAACUGACUAUCAACAGAUUCACACUAAGAAGAGGAGAAAGAUCAAAGCCUCAAGCAAACCCAUUCAUUUAAAAAAGGCAAAUUAAAUUUAAUAGAAGAAAAGGAUUUUUUUAAUUUUUAAGGAAAAUCUCUCAAAUGGGUGAAGAGUUCAGCCUGGAAGUCCUAUUUAUUUCCAAUGAAACAGUUUUUUGGUUGUAAAUGUCUGAAGUAUUAAACGUCACAUAGAAACAUGUUACGAUGUACAGGAGGAAACAGCCUCCAGGUCUUUCAGAAUAAAAGCCUGCCAUUGUCAUACGA